AAUGAUCAAGUUGCAAUGUCCAUGGCUCAGAGAGCAGGUUAGACUCACAGGCACUGUGCUUGGACUCACUGUGCUGGGACUCUGUCUGUCUGGAUCUGUGGGUUCCCCCUCUCCUCUUGCAGCCAAAAUGGUUAUUAACGUCUUUGUGGCUACCGUGGCAGGAUCCACUGCGAUAAAAAAGAAACAACAAGAAGUAGUAGGGUUUUUGGAGGCCAACCGGAUUGACUUUGAACAAAAGGAUAUUGCGUGUAAUGAUGACAAUCGGCAAUGGAUGAGGGAGAACGUACCUGGGGAGAAGAAACCGGAGAACGGGAUACCUCUUCCUCCCCAAAUUUUCAAUGAGGAACUGUAUUGUGGGGACUUUGAAUCGUUCUUUGAUGCUAAAGAAGGAAAUGAAAUAUUUGUGUUCCUGGGAUUAACUCCACUUCCAAGUAAAAAGGAUAUGGAGGUUCCAUCUGACUUGCAGAAUGGGGAGGUUCCAGCAGAAGACAGCACUGAAGUGACGGUACCAACAGUAUCGCAAAACGAGGAGGUUCCAGAAGAAGAGAGCACUAAACCAGAAGAACCGACUGAUGUGCAAAACGAAGAGGUUCCGGCAGAAGAGAGCACUGUAGAAGAAGAAGAAGAAGGAGAGCAAUAAUAGAUGGAAGAACGCUUGAAAUCAGUUCACUUUUAUGAAAUAUCAAGAUUGCCCAGGCAAGGUAGUGCCACACAACUGAAUACAACACAGUGUUCCAUAAAAUUCCUUUUUUUGGGAUGCUGCUGCAUUGAAUAAUGAAGAACGUUCCCAAGAUGCCACUAUCUGUUCCUGCAGGGGUUUUCCACGUCGGAUUCAACGUGAUCUAUUUGCAUUUCCCCAAGAUCUUUUACAAACAGGAUGCUAUGUAUGCAAUUUUAUAAUAAAAUGACAAUAUAACAUUGUAUUAUUUUUAA